AUGAAAUAACCAUCCUACCGAUGCACAGAAAAGCUUUGGAAACCAAUAGUAAGACCGCCCAGACAUAAUUAUCGAGUAAAGGACAUGGGAAAUGAGAUUUUCAUGGUAUAAGAUACUGUUACUAAACGAUUUGACUUUGAAUUUUAAAACUCCAGAGGAUUGACUUUGUAAUGCAGCUUAUUUGAACCUAUAAGAAUGUAAGACAAACCACAUCCAUGUAUGAUCUAUUUACAUGGGAACUCUAGCAGCAGAGUGGAAGCCUUAACCAUUGUUGAAUACUUGCUCCCUAACAACAUAGCAGUCUGUGGAAUUGAUCUAUCUGGUUCUGGAUAAUCGCAAGGUGAAUACAUUUCCUUAGGCUAUUAUGAAUCCAAAGAUGUUAAUGACCUCUAUGAACAUUUGAGAUAGAAGAAACCUUUCAUUACACAAAUUGGAUUGUGGGGCAGAUCCAUGGGCUCAGUGACAGCCAUUCUUGCAGCCACUCUCAAUUAUAAUUUCAAAGUAUUGGUGUGCGAUAGUCCUUUCUCCAAUUUAACUCAUCUCUGUUAAGAAUUAGCCUCAAAUAGUUAUAGCAUACCCAGUUGUUGCUUCAAUUGUUUCUGGUGUCUCGUGAAAGCCAAAAUUAGAAGAGAGGCCAAAUUUAACAUUGAAGACCUCAAUAUCUCACAGGCCAUUCAAACUCUACCUAUUGAUGUUUCCAUUGUUUUCUUGUCAGCCAGAUAAGAUCAAUUAAUCGUUGAAAAACAUCCCAAAAUUCUCAUGGAAAAAUUUAGAGGAACCAAAGUACUAAAACAAUUUGAAGGGACUCACAAUUCAAAAAGACCUUAGGAUAUUAUGAAAGAAACUGUCUAAUUUGUAAGAAUUCAAUUUGAUAAACAUUCCUUAAAUUAAAACACUAACCAAGGAACUACUAAGAUUACUAAUACCACCAAAGAUUAGAUUCCUAUUCCUGAUGUUGAUGCACCCCUUUUGAGCUCAGAAAAACCAUAUUUGUUCAAAACGGACAAGUGAAGGCUAUCUGAACAAUAAGUGAUUAAAUCUAUAUUUAAAAUAAUAAUAUCUAUUUAUUUGUAUC